AUGUCGUCCUCUUCCGCAAUCCCUUCCUCGCCCUUGGGCAGGAUCGGUGGCCAGAGCCGGAGCGCAGACCAAGACCGCCUUGACCCCCUCGCUCUUGGCAGGUCCAACAACACAAGUGGCGUAGGCGCCAGCGCACAUCGAGCCUUUACACCAAGCACAUCCGAAGCCGGAUCGCUCAACCUCGAGCGCCAGCUACGAGGCCAAUACGAAGACGAUGCAAGCACCGUGAACGGUGACGCCUCACGUCCCAUGGACGAGGACACUCCUCGUCGCCCUCGUCCCCGUGCCGCUGUCGACACGCAGGACAUCCCACCUGUCGUCGACGAAGUCGGUGAGCGCGUGCGUGAGGGUUUCGCACAGUUCCUCGAAAGCUUUGUUGAUCAGCCCUUGUCCGGCUCGCCCGAUCCGAAUGGCGAAAAGGUCCAGGACCCCGUCUACAUUGACCAGAUUUAUGCUCUGCGAGACUACAACCGCACGACGCUCUUUGUCGACUUCAGUCACAUUCUACGCCACGAUGAAGUGUUGGCGCGCGCCAUCAGCGACCAGUACUACCGUUUCGUCCCUUACCUCCGCCGAGCACUGCUAGACCUUGUCAACACGUACGUGCCCAACUACCUCUACCUCAACGCACACGUCGCCGCCACCGCCUCUUCCGGUCUCGUCCACCGCGACUUUUCCGUCUCGUUCUACAACCUCGGCCUGGUCGCCGGCAUUCGUGAUCUACGCACCGACCGCGUCGGCAAGCUCGUAUCCAUCAGCGGUACCGUGACACGAACCAGCGAGGUCAGGCCAGAACUCCUGUAUGGUGCCUUCACCUGCACCUCCUGCUCCGCAGUCGUACGCGACGUCGAGCAGCAGUUCAAGUACACCGAGCCUGUCAUGUGCAGAAACCCCAUUUGCCAGAACAGGAGAGAGUGGCAGCUCAACGUCGACCAAAGUCGCUUCUGCGAUUGGCAAAAGGUGCGCAUCCAAGAAAACGCAAACGAGAUCCCCACAGGAAGCAUGCCUCGCAGUCUCGACGUCAUCCUCCGUUCCGAGAUCGUCGAGCGUGCCAAGGCCGGCGACAAGUGCGUCUUUACGGGUACUUUCAUCGUCGUGCCCGAUGUCUCGCAGCUCGGCGUUCCAGGCGUCAACGCUCAGAUCCAGCGAGAGGCGCAAGGCGGUCGUCCUGCUGAAGGUGUCAAUGCGCAAGGUGUUUCGGGUCUCAAGAGCCUCGGUGUGCGCGAUUUGACCUACAAGACGGCCUUCCUCGCAUGCAUGGUCCAGAGCGCCGAUGCCCGAGGAGGCAACGAUAUCCGAGCCGACUUCACCGACGAUAACGAGGACCCUGAGACGCUCAUGGACUCGCUUACCGAGGCCGAGAGGGAUGAGCUGGAGGCGAUGGUCAUGUCCGAAGACAUCUACAGUCGACUCGUCCAAUCCAUCGCUCCCACCGUGUAUGGGCACGACAUUGUCAAGAAGGGCAUCCUGCUCCAGCUCAUGGGCGGCGUCCACAAAUCCACGCGAGAAGGCAUGCGCCUGCGUGGUGAUAUCAACGUUUGCAUCGUCGGUGACCCUUCGACGAGCAAGUCGCAGUUCCUCAAGUACGUCUGUGGCUUCAUGCCUCGAGCCGUCUACACCUCGGGCAAAGCCUCUACCGCUGCUGGUCUCACAGCGGCUGUCGUCAAGGACGAGGAGACGGGCGAGUUCACCAUCGAGGCGGGUGCGCUCAUGCUUGCAGACAACGGCAUCUGUGCCAUUGACGAAUUCGACAAGAUGGACGUGGCCGACCAAGUGGCGAUUCACGAGACCAUGGAACAGCAGACGAUCAGUAUCGCCAAAGCCGGUAUCCAGGCGACGCUCAACGCACGUACGUCCAUCCUCGCGGCUGCCAACCCGGUGGGAGGACGAUACAACCGCAAGCAGACGCUGCGUGCCAACGUUGCCAUGUCGGCGCCCAUCAUGUCUCGUUUCGAUCUCUUCUUCGUCGUGCUGGACGAGUGCAACGAGGCGGUCGACAUGAACAUCGCUCAGCACAUUGUCAACGUCCACCGCUUCCGCGAUGCCGCCAUCGACCCCGAGUUCAGCACCGAGGCGAUCCAGAGGUACAUCCGCUACGCACGCACCUUCCAGCCCAAGUUGACGCCCGAGGCCAGCGAUGUGCUUGUGGACAAGUACCGACAGCUGCGUCAGGACGAUUCGGGACCGGGCAAGAACUCGUACCGAAUCACGGUGCGUCAGUUGGAGUCGAUGAUCCGACUCUGUGAGGCGAUCGCACGUGCCAACUGUCGACACGAGAUCACGCCUGCCUUUGUGCGCGAGGCUUACUCGCUGUUGCGUCAGUCGAUCAUUCACGUCGAGAAGGACGACAUCGACUUUGACGAUGAAGAAGAAAUCGAUCAGGCGGCACAACAAGAACGAGCCGCUACUGCUCAGCCUUCGUCUUCGCUCGGCGCGAUGGACGAGGAUUCGAUGGAUCCCAACAUGCAAGAGUCGCUGGGCGGUCAGAUCUCAUCCUCCGGUGCACCCGGUGCCCCUGCUACGGGUGAAAUGGCAUCCAGCUCAGCCGCGUCCAGACGAAAGAUCCGAAUCACCUUUGACCGAUACAUGGAGAUCGCCAACCUGGUGGUGCUGCGCGUCAACGAGGUGGAACGUCAGACCAUGCGCGGUGUAGCUCGAUCCGAGCUGGUCGAUUGGUACCUCUUGCAGCGCGAGAAUGAGAUCGAGACGGUGGACCAGUUCGAGGAGGAGACCGAGUUGAUCAAGAAGGUGUUGACAAAGUUGGUCAAGGAUUCCAUGCUGUUGGAGCUGCGAGAGCAGCUUGACGAGGAUGGAAACCCGAUCAGCAGUGUAGGCGAUGCAUCCGGGGCGAGUGGAUCCUCGGCUGGCGAUCCGGUGCUCAUGGUUCACCCUCAGGUCGAUAUCGACAGCAUCGGCGCUACCACCGCUUCUGCUUAG